AUGGAUCCAUGUCAUAUGAUGGUGGGGUUGGGCUUAAAUGCCCCUCCAAAGCUUUUUCGCAGGCCUGACAAGAACUUGUUUUCUGCGAAGCUCUUCCCAGCUUCUGCGCGCCAGUUACGAACCAUAUCCAGCCAAACAACCCCUUUAAACACGAAUAACAGACCCUCUCUACGCCUCAUUAUCAGAACGCGCCAUAUCUGUCUUCUAAGUGAAAUGGAGACCGAGACGAAGAAAGACUUGAGCGUCAGUCCCUUGCCUCCGGGCUGCAACGAUGAUCUGAACUAUCUAAAAACGCAUGUGGAUAAAACCGUGUCAUGGCAAACGCUAUCUACUUCUCUGAAGGAGAGCAUGGAACCUCUAGAUCAUUCGAGAGUUGAAACUAUACUACGCGCAGUCAAGGCUAAACACUCAAAAUUCAGAAUUUUUAAAAUAGUUGAUCGCACCAGGUUUAUUAUCAAUCGGGAACCUGUGCACAUCAUCCCUAUAUCAAGUGACCUUGUGAUAUCCAAUCGUCCGGAUAAAAGUACAGCAAUAACUGUUCCAGUGGGGAGUGGUGUAUAUGUUACUGAAACCAUUUGCUAUAUCCACGCUUAUACCGACUUAUUAACCAUCUAA